AUGCCAGACCAGAAAUGGGACCCGCCCACCGCCCUCAGCACGGCGCCCAUCUUCGACGAUGCCGUCUAUCUUGCCGAAGCGCUGCAUCUGCCCGUCAAUGAGACUGAGGAUCAGCUCGACGCCGAAUUAGUGCUGCUUGCUAGUGAAUCUGGCAUCGCCGACCCUUAUCGCUUCGUGCCGGCCCCAAAGACCAUUGCUCGCGCCAUUUCGUCCAUGACGUUGGACAGCGAUGAGAGGAGCUCAAAAUCCAUACAUUCGCACGAAACCCAGUCCACCACCCUCACUUCUGCGCCUUCUCGUACUUCCAGAGACCACCUCUAUCCUAGCGACCGCCUUUCGGCAAAGAUGCUCACUCGAUCACUUUCACGCUCACGUCCGACACGGUCGGUGGAGAAGCACCAGCAAGCCACUCCAUGUCCUGGGCCUGGUAUCGGGUCAGUGCAAUGUUCGCCUCUGUCCGCCUCGCCUUCUGCCGUUUCCCUCCCGACAGCCCAACGGCAGCCGCGACCACGCAAAAAGCGUGGCUCGGCCAUUUUCAACAUCUUCCGCAAAGAUACAAGGUUUGUUGUAGCCAGUAGGCUACCAUCAUGUCUCACCAGGGAUGACAGUAAUGCUUGCACCGCCAACGUCACACACCACCGACACCAUAGAGACGCAAAGCUAGAAUGUGGCCAUUCCUUGUCUGCGUACAAUGUCCGCGGACAUAUGCUGGAAGCGACAAACGGUGGCGCUAAGAGCGCCACACAUCUUGUGCCAAAUUGCUGCGGAAACCCAUUACCACCGUCUGUGUUGGAGAUUGUUCUCACAAAGGAGACGGACAUCUCUGAAAAGGACGAAGGCCCGUCGCCGGCCACGUCCACGUUCCGCGACUCUGGCUAUUGCGAAGCUGGAAUACCAGCAAUAGGGCUGCCAAAUCUGACCAAAGGCGAUAUUGUAGCAGACAACCUGCCAUCUAAGCGUACCAGGCAUGCGCCAAUCAACAUCGAAGCAGCAUUAGCAAACGAAGCUUUCAAGAGCUUCAAGACGCAGCAGACGGAGCAAUUCGAACAUGUAUCAAGCUUUGAGUGCACUCAGCGAAAGGCACUGGAGGCACACCAUCAGACCACGCUGCAGCGGUUGAAGGUCCGGCACGAUGUCACAAAAGAAGAACUGAUUGAGCAGCACACCGAGGAUCUUGAACGCUUAGAAGAACGCCAGCUUCUUGCCGAACACGACAUGAUCAAAGCGCACGCCCAAGAGACACAGAACGUAUGCACGGCGCUAAAGUACAUCGAGGCUUAUUGCGUGGGCACAAGAGAGGAGCAAGACCGCACACACACCGUGUCGGAGGACGACUUGAAGAAGCUAGAGCGGCAAAAAGCAACACAACGAGAACUUCCAAGGAAGCAUGCGAGUGCAAUCAACGUACUACGUGCAAGGCAAGAGGUGGAUAUGGAGCGAAGGUUGGAAGCACAGGAAGCCGAGCUGGAGCAACUGGAUGCCGACUAUGAAAAGGAGGUUUCAGCAAAAGAAGCGGAAUACAAGAAAGAGUCGGAAAGACUUGAGGGACUCAUUGCAACACGAAGAAAGAGGUUGUUGCAGAGAUGGGACCUAAGGUUCGAGAUGUGGCGCAAGGGCUGGGAGGAGCAAAACAACACGACACUGGAUGCAAAGCUCGAACAUGAGACCUGGCCGCCUCGCAAAGCCGAUCACGCCAUCACCAUUUCCGAUGCUAGUGCCUUGUACCAGUACCUCGAAGCCGCGGUAUCAGCCGCCUGA